AGGUCCUGUGAUAUUUAAGCCUUGAAGGAGAGAAAACCUUAAUGGCCUCUUCCUAGAAAAACUGCUUGUAUCUGCCAACUCUGUGUGUCCUGUGGCUUCCCUCCUGCUCAUCACAGGGAUGAGAUUGGUUUCCGUGGGAAUUCUGAAUCAGCCCAGGGAGUCAGGGAGGAAGGAACAGAGAGAGCCCCAGGGAAGGGACAGGCCGGGUCAGAGCCGGGGGUGGCAAGCUGCCCUCCUUCGUGGGAGGAGCCGCCGCUGUGACCCAGAUGGUGGCCUCUUUUCCCCCUGCAGCUUGUGAGUGCGACCCGCAGGGCUCGUUAAGCUCCGUCUGCGACCCCAACGGAGGCCAGUGCCAGUGCCGGCCGAACGUGGUUGGGAGAACCUGCGACAGAUGUGCUCCCGGAACCUUCGGCUUUGGCCCCAGUGGCUGCAAACCGUGCGACUGCCACCUGCAGGGGUCUGUCAGUGCUUUCUGCGACCCCGUCACGGGCCAGUGCCACUGCUUCCAGGGGGUGUACGCGCGGCAGUGUGACCGGUGCCUGCCCGGGUACUGGGGCUUCCCGAGCUGCCAGCCCUGCCACUGCAACGGCCACGCCGACGACUGCGACUCGGUGACGGGGGAGUGCCUGAGCUGCCAGGACUACACCGCGGGUCAUCACUGCGAGAGGUACGUGGACGCGCCUCUGGAAAGUAAAGAGAACAGAGAUCAUGUUUGGCCGAGUCAACAUCUUCCAACCACAGAAGGAAUCUCACCAGGCUCCAGAUGGCUCGGUCGUUUCUGACCACGUCAGGAUUUUCUAGGAACUCAGUCAUUCGCCGAGUGCCUCUCUGGUUUACACCUUCUGUGUGCCAGGCAGGCAUUGUUCCGGGCUGGGACGUGGCCGGCGGGCAUCUGCCCUCUUGGAAGGGCGUCCUGGAGGCCGCCGUAGAUCUGUGCGGAAAUCACCUCUGUCCCAGCAGAUUCUGGCGGAGGAUGAGAAUUGUGAAAUGUUGAUGCCUAACUUCAGGCAAACGGGAAACCCAAUCCAAAUGGG